UACCAGAAGAAAGGUUUUUGGGGCUUGGCAAUAUUGGAAAUUGGUAGUUACCGCUUUUGGCCGGGUUAUUAGUCACAAUGACGGGCAACCACUGGAGCUACGACAUCCUGAAGCAGCUCGCCAAAGAGGGCGGCACGGACAUCAAUGAGCUGAAGGCCCUGUUCUCAAAUGAGAUCGGGACGCAAAGGAAGUACGACUGCAUCCGCAGUGUGGAGGAUCUCCUCGACUGCCUGGAACGGGCGGAUGAACUGUCCGAAGACAAUGUGGAGCUGUUGCAUAGGAUGUCCAGCAAUCAGCCGAAGCUAAAAGAGGCUCUGAAUGCCUACACACCGCCAGCACCCCGGGAGCCGGUAAAUCGGUACCAGGAACUGCGUCUUGCCGAGGAACUCCGCGAGCAACUGCGGUUUGGCGCACCUCAGGUGGUUCCUGUAUCGGCAGCUACUACUACUGCGCCACCUCCCCCAGCACAGAUGACCACAUCCCCGGCUGCGUUCACGGAACGCAAGCGGGCUGCCGUGUUCAAGAAGAUUUCCGAGGAACUCGGACGCUUCUGGCGCCGCCUGGGCCGGGCGGCGGGCAUUGGCGAGGGGUCGAUGGACAACAUCGAGGAGCGCUUUCCGCACGACCUGAAGUCACAGAUCCUUCGCCUGCUCCAGGUAAUCGAAGAGGAUGACUGCCACGAUCCUAAGCACUUUCUCAUUCGCCUUUGCCGCGCCUUGGGUGAGUGCGGACGCAACGAUCUCCGUAAGAAUGUGGAGCAAAUAAUGUCCUACUAAUGAUCAUCAACUUAAACUUACCUGCGUGAGAGUGAUUGCAAUUUAUCUGAUGGUUUGAUAACGGCAAGGUGAUUCCCCACAGAAAGCUAAGAUAAGCUCAAGCCAAAAACUGUGCCUUUUGUUGUAAUUUCUUCAAAAUAAUCUUUUAAGGCAAACAUCCAAUAUGCUUCCAGAAUUAUUAUUGAUAACAAAGGGAGUUUCCUUUAUGUUUAAUGCGAAUAAUGAAUAAUUUUUUAAAUAAAUCGAUUUAUUAAAA